GAACCUCUCUCCAGGACAAAUCACUAACCUUAUCACAUAUUAAUCAAUAGUGUUCUUACAAGACAUCACAAAGAAAAAGGGAUGUUGAAAAGAUUGAAGGUGAAGGAAGUCCAAGAAUAUCCAAGCGGUCCUAGAGAGUAGCUAGCUAGGUGGGUGCAUUUCUAGUGAGGGGAGGUGGGAGGUGGGGCUAAAAUGGACGAGCAGGCAGGACUUCCAAACCUGCACUUUGUUCUAGUUCAUGGAGUAUGCCACGGAGCCUGGUGCUGGUACAAGAUCAGGUGUCUCAUGGAAAAAUCUGGCCAUAAGGUUACUUGUCUCGACCUUAAAAGUGCUGGUAUUGAUCAGUCCAAUCCCAACACAAUCCUCACUUUUGAUGAAUACAAUGCACCCCCCCUUACCCGCUUCUUGUCGAAUUUGCCUGACAAUGAAAAGGUUAUAUUGGUAGGACAUGGUGCAGGAGGUUUGAGCUUGACAGAUGCUAUACACAGAUUUGCUAGGAAAAUUCGUAUGGCUAUAUAUGUUGCAGCCAACAUGUUGAAGCAUGGCUCGGAUCAAGAUAUCAAAGAUCACCUAAAGGGCCUAAUCUCUGCCUCCAUACCUGUGCCGUAUAUGGAGCAGGGUGAUCCUGAUGUAUCUGAAUAUGGAGAGGUAGCUGAUUUAGAAUAUGGGAUGGGGCUUGAUCAGCCUCCAACAAGCAUCAUAAUAAAGGAGGAGUUCCAGAAACGACUUCUCUAUCAUAUGAGCCCCAAAGAGUCAGGACACCAUAUUAGCAUCAAUGCUACUGCGACCAGGACCUGUCAGGGCACUCAAAGGAGCUCGAUUUGAAGGAGGAAAGGAUGCUGAUUCUGUUCCACGAAUAUAUAUCAAGACAUUGCACGAUCAGAUGCUAAAACCGAUGAAACAAGAGCAAAUGAUAAAGAGAUGGCAACCUUGUCAAGUUCUUGUAUUGGAAAGUGAUCAUAGCCCAUUUUUCUCUACCCCUUCUUUGCUUCUCGAUCUAAUAUCUAAAGGAGCAGCAGCUUCCUUCUAAUAUUGUAACUGGAAAUUAUGUUUCUUAUACUUGGAGUUAUUGUUUAAUUUCCUUUUUCUUUUACUUCAA